GUUCCUGGCGACGCUGAUGGUGACGCUGAUCUCGCUCUCGGCGUACGAGGCCGCCCACGCGCCCUCCAGGUACACCAAGGACGCCCACUGGGAGGCCACCACGCCGCGCUUCACGCCCUCGGCCGCCGUGCCCGUCGUGGCCGCCCACACCGCUGCCGCCCUCUUCUGCGCUGAGUUCACCGGCAUUGGACUGAAUCCUGCUCGUUCCUUGGCCAUCGCAGCUGUCUCCGGUGCCUGGAGCUACCACUGGGUGUACUGGGUGGGACCCGCACUCGGGGGUCUCCUGGCAGCCUUCACCCACGAGUACACAGGCAACAAGGACCCGGACGCCCUCCCGACGCCCUAUCACCCGCCUGUCCUUCCUCGGGAUUCUUCCAGGGCUUCGGAUAUCACGUCGACCCUGGCAUCACCUUGUUGAAUCUCCAACUUCCGUCUUCUAUUCGGAUAUUCAUUUCAUUCUCUCUCUCUCCUCUUUUCUCUUUCGUUGAGGUAGUCCCCCUUCUGUUGUGUUCCCUCCCCUUCUUAGCUAAAUGGAUUCCGUCUCCUCUUCUCCCGUGCUGAUGAAUGCGUCCUCCCUUUCUCUCGCUGUGUCCCGGUCGCACAAGGCCCUACCUACCUCCUCCUUGAGUGUAACCCUCCUUGCUUAGUGUUCCCCUUCCUCUUCCGCCCACCCUGCUAAAGAGAGUCUCUCCCCGCUGCGAUGUAUCUACCUCCUCGUCUCUCUGAACCCUUGCCAAACUCCCCCUGUCGAGCUGAACCGCCCCGGGCGACUCUGCAGGUAAAGUCGCCAAAGUGGAGUAAGAUGUUAUACACAGGUCACCGAGGACGCAGGUAAUCAUAGGCAACCGCGCGCCUCGUUUGUUUAAUCUUUUGUGUCUUAUGAAUGUAUAUUGAUGAGUACGGUGUGUAAACAAUAGAAGUUUUCCGUCAGUUCCAUAUUCUAUAUGUAUUUUAUCCAUCCAUCAUUCACGUUGAAACGAAUUAUCUAUUGGAGAAUUAUUUAACAAACAAAAAAUUAUAUAUAUAUUUUCUUCUUUGUCUGUUCAAUCGUCUUAAUCGUCAGAAAAUAGUUUUAUAUAAAAUCGACAUGCAAAUAACACUAAAAAAGGUUAAUGAGGUGUCCAGAGAUGCUUUACCCCAACUUUAAAAGUACAAUGACUUUUAGAUAAGAGAUCCCAACCGACCAAGUAAUAUUUCUAAGUCCGUAGUCCGUCCUUUAGCCAUGAUGACAUCUUGUAGACACUAGACGUAUAGACUAUUUGUAAAUGUUUCUCCGUUAAUA